AAAGGAUGUAUACAACUUUUCCUGCUGACUGGGUCGUCAUUCGCUUAAUCGAUUACACUGCUAACUAGUAAUUUGGGGGUUCACAAAUCACAUUGUGAGGCUUCGGUUCUGGUCCGGUUGGCGAACUUGGGCACCAUUCAUUGAGCAGACUUGGGCUGGGUCGCUAGUUCCGCUUCCCCUUCGCCAUAGCGGAAUUAUCCAAGGGCCGAAAAGAAAAGUUGCACUGUACAUACAUGUCACGUUUGUACUAACCUAUUCACCCAGCUCCCGGGGCAAGGAGGCUCUACACACCAGAGGAAGUCGUUUUCACGGAUUUAAACACGAAGAGGAUCGUUUCGGCUUCUAGUUGUGUUCAAGUUUAUCUGUUGUGGCUUCCACGGGAUCAUCUUCUGGGUCCUCCAUCCUCCGUUUGCAGUUCUUGCAUACUUUUGCAUGAAUACGCCUCAUGCUGAUGUGAGCGCUGCCUCGCCCCCCGACCCCUCUGUCACCCUGUCCAUCUUUGCUGUGCUUCUGUGGUCUGUUCUCCUUCUUUGUGGGGCCUACGCCGUAGAACCAUGUGUGAUAACGGGGACCCAGAAGACAAACCCCCUGCGCCUCCUGUCAGGAUGAGCAGUACCAUCUUCAGCACGGGUUCCGGCAAAGAUUCUCUAUCAGCAAACCACAGUUCCAAACCACUGCCGUCUGUCCCAGAGGAAAGAAAACCUCGGAACAAGAUCAUCUCAAUCUUCUCGGGGGCUGAAAAAGGUGGUAGAAAGAAAGAUCGAGACAAAGAGCGACCAGAGAUUUCACCACCAUCAGACUUUGAACACACUAUACAUGUUGGUUUUGAUGCUGUCACAGGGGAGUUCACAGGUAUGCCAGAGCAAUGGGCGCGACUACUCCAGACUUCAAACAUCACCAAGUCAGAGCAGAAGAAAAAUCCGCAAGCUGUACUUGAUGUAUUGAAGUUUUAUGACUCCACGGGCAACGGCCGUCAGAAGUACCUCAGCUUCUCUUCUUCUGAAAAAGAGCCGUUCACUCCAGGGCCACAAUCUCCUGUCAAAAAAGGAAGUGAACCUUCAUCUCCCAAUAUUAAAGAUAUUGACGAUGAUGACGAUGAUGAAGCACCACCUCCAGUUGUUGCCCCAAGACCAGAACACACCAAGAGUGUGUACACUCGCUCGGUUAUUGACCCCAUCCCUGCACCAAGUGCGCUCCCAGAUGGAGAUGCUGCUUCUAAAGCUGCAACAGACAGGCAGAAGAAGAAGAGCAAGAUGACGGAUGAAGAGAUCAUGGACAAACUGAGAACCAUAGUCAGCAUUGGAGACCCCAAGAAGAAGUACACAAGAUAUGAAAAAAUUGGGCAGGGGGCUUCGGGAACGGUGUUUACAGCCAUCGAUGUUGCUACUGGACAAGAGGUUGCCAUCAAGCAGAUCAACCUGCAGAAGCAGCCGAAGAAGGAGCUGAUUAUAAAUGAGAUUCUGGUGAUGAAGGAGCUGAAGAACCCAAAUAUUGUCAAUUUCUUGGACAGUUUCCUCAUGGGAGAAGAGCUGUUUGUGGUGAUGGAGUAUCUGGCUGGUGGCUCUCUGACAGACGUGGUGACAGAGACUUGCAUGGACGAAGCCCAGAUAGCUGCUGUCUGCCGAGAGUGUUUACAAGCAUUAGAUUUUCUUCAUGCAAACCAGGUCAUCCACAGAGACAUUAAAAGUGACAAUGUAUUACUGGGGAUGGAUGGCUCCGUCAAGCUCACCGAUUUUGGCUUCUGUGCUCAGAUCACUCCCGAGCAGAGCAAGCGCAGCACCAUGGUUGGCACCCCAUACUGGAUGGCACCUGAGGUGGUGACCAGGAAGGCGUACGGGCCCAAAGUUGAUAUUUGGUCACUGGGUAUUAUGGCCAUCGAGAUGGUCGAAGGAGAGCCACCAUAUCUGAACGAGAACCCUCUCAGAGCGUUAUAUCUGAUCGCCACGAAUGGGACACCAGAGCUUCAGAAUCCAGAAAAACUGUCUCCUAAAUUCAGAGACUUCCUCAAUCAUUGUCUGGAAAUGGAUGUGGAAAAGAGAGGAGGCAGCAAAGAGCUUCUGCAGCAUCCAUUCCUGAAGCUGGCCAAGCCCCUCUCCAGCCUCACCCCUCUCAUCCUGGCGGCCAAGGAAGCGAUGAAGGGGAGCCGCUAGCUGGCGAUAUCGCAGCGAUGCCGUUCGCUCAUGCUGUGCACAGACAAGUGCCAACCGUUUAGAUUUUGUGCCAGACAAUAGGCUGCCAGAGUCCAGCCCUCUCUAAUGCACCAGCCUUAAAAGCCCUGACAAACCUCACUGUGAAGAAGACCAAAAAUAUGAGCACAACCCCACCGCAGUUCGUAUGAACUAUUCUUACUCAGACGUCUGAAGACAAGUCAAAGUAAAGUGCUUAGUUUGAUGUCGGGCGUAGUUAUUGUGUACAUCAAAUCUCCGGGUGAACAAGUUAGAACUAGGCCUGUAUUUAACGUAAAAAUGAAGAAGCUGCCUAGUUCUGUUUAGUGUUUUUAAUCAGCUGCCUUAAACAGAUGCAACAUGUUGCCUAAUGUAUUAUUGAUUUUGUGGAUGUUUCCUUUUCCUGUGAUUUUUGCUACCUUUGUAAUUGACUUUUCCAGCUCGUCAGUGUCCGUAGUUAUUUUGAUACUUGAAUUUCAUGUCUUCUCUCGUCUCGUGGUAUUAUGCGUCUCAUUCAUGGUUGUGGACAUUUCUCAACUGGUUUUAUAGGAAACAUUUCAGUGUAAUUGCCAUCAUGCAUUUCGUCAGCGACUCUCUUGUCAUUGCCGCGCUGACAGAGCUACUGUAUCAGUCCCCCCCUCCCCCAGUAUCUUUAGUCUCAUGACGCCAGAGGUGCACCUUACAUGCAAAUUAAUAUUAGAUCAACAGGGUUUCUGUUUCUUCUCCACUGUUAUUAAAAAUCAAA